AUGAGCCCAAAUAUUGCAUUAAAUGGUGAUAAUAAUUUAAAACAAGAGAUUAAAGAAUUGGGAUUUGGUACAAGAGCUAUUCACGUAGGACAAGAACCUGAUCCAAAUACGGGAGCCGUCAUUCCAGCAAUUUCCUUAUCUACAACAUAUAAACAAUCUGCUAUCGGCGUUCACAAUGGUUAUGAAUAUUCACGAUCUGAUAAUCCGAAUCGAAGCAAGUUUGAACAAGCAAUCGCAUCACUUGAAAAAGGAAAAUAUGCACUUGCAUUUUCUUCGGGAAGCGCAGUAACGGCAACGAUAGUGACAUCAAUUGGGACGAAUGGGCACAUCGUUUCUGUAAGUGAUGUGUACGGAGGAACGAAUCGAUACUUCUCCAAAGUAGCAGAUACCCAAGGAAUUGAAACGACAUUUGUUGAUUUACAUGAUCCACAAAAUCUUAAAGAUGCUUUUCGAUUCAACACAAAUCUUGUAUGGGUUGAAACCCCAACCAACCCAACUUUAAGUUUAGUCGAUAUAAAAGCGGUUGCUGAAAUAACACAUCAACAUAAUGCAAUCCUUGUGGUGGAUAAUACAUUUAUGAGCCCAUACUUUCAAAAUCCCCUUGAAUUAGGGGCGGAUAUUGUUGUACAUUCUGUCACCAAAUAUAUUAAUGGACAUUCCGAUGUCGUUAUGGGUGUUUUUAUAACAAACAAUCAAGAAAUUCAUAAUAAGAUCAAAUUUUUACAAAAUGCUAUUGGAGCCGUACCAUCGGCAUUUGAUUCUUGGUUAGCGAAUCGUGGAUUGAAAACACUUCAUUUACGUAUGAAACAACAUCAAGAAAAUGCUUUAAGAAUUGCUAGAUUUCUACAAGGGAGUGAUAAAGUUGAUCAAGUUAUUUAUCCUGGUUUAGAAAGUCAUCCACAACAUUUAUUGGCCAAAAAGCAAGCCAGGGGGUUUGGUGGAAUGUUAAGUUUUAAAAUAAAAGGUGGAUUUAAAGAAGCGAAUACUUUCUUACAAAAUACCAAAUUAUUCACCUUAGCCGAGUCACUAGGAGGUGUAGAAAGUUUAGCUGAACAUCCAGCAAAAAUGACACACUCCGGUCUUACUCAAGAGCAUCGUAAUGCUGUCGGUGUUACCGACAAUCUAAUAAGAUUAUCUAUUGGUAUUGAAGAUGCUGAGGAUUUG